ACAAAUAAUACUACCAUUAGUAACUUAAUCAAAACAAUUAAUGCCAAGAUUUUCGAAAAAUAUAACCUUUGGAAAAAUGCGAAAUUUUUUGAAACCGAAAAUAAUGCAUUAAAAGUAGAAAACUAUGCACUAAAAUCCGAAUUAAGCACUUUGAAAAUACAAUACAUUGAUUUGGAAAAGGAAAUUACCAAUUUAAAAGAAAAGAACACCACUUCCAACAAAAGAAAAACAUUCCUUGAAUUACAAGGAACCAAAUUCAAAUAUACAAUUAAAACCCUCGAAGACACGAUCAAAGGCUUUGAAGCUACUAUUAAAGACCUCAGAAAUAAUGAACUAAAUCUCAAAGCGCAACACAAAGAACUUUUAAGGGAAUUAACUUUGUUAAAAAACAAAAACGAAGAAGCUGAAAAUAGAAAAAAACAAUUAGAAAAUCAAAUCAGCAAGAUAAUUGAAGAUCGCGAUCAGUUAAUAAAUACAAUAAAUGAAUUACGAAAAAAGGGAAAAGAAUUAAAAAAUAAAUACGAAAAGAAGAAGCAAGAAAUUCAAAAUAAAUUAGAUGAAUUGGAGGCAGAAAGAAUAAAUAAAAUAGUCGAAAAUUCAAAAGGAGGAU